UCCUUUUUCAGUGUUGGGGGUAGCCUACUGCGCAGGUCACGACGUCACGAAGACCACUAAUUACGAACACCUGCCCCUUAAAAAAAAAAAAUGGAACACCUGCGCCAAAUAUGGAACGCGGCAGAGGAAGGACAGGUCUCACCACACGUGUUCGCUCGCUUUUAAACUAAUGAACAUAACAAUCCGAAAAUAGCGUCAUGUACAGGCUGGUUGAACCCGUCAGUCCGGUAACGUCCAUCUAAGUGUGUGCCAGAGCCGUCUGAGGUUUUAGUUUCUUGCUGGGGGUCAGUAGGUGCGUUAUCAAUAUGAGAGCAACGUGGUUAAAGCGGCCAGUCCUCUCAUUAGGGGGGAUUGGGCUCGUCUUCUGCAUAGGCAUGUAUCUAAAGAGUGGAUAUGAGCACGCGACGGGGAAUGACAAAGAGCUGGACACACCGCAUAUAGUCAGGAGUUUAUCUGACCUGGAGGCAAGCGUCAGCAAUCUCCACAAUGUACUCCGAGCUUUUGAGCAAAAGCAGGAUGCCAUGCAGAAAAUUCUCGAAGAGGACCGAGGCAGACAGAGAAAAGCUGCAGAGGUCGAACAGCCACCGGUCAUGAAGCAGCCAGAGCAGAAAGAGCAACCUGAAGCAAAGAUCCAGGACCAAAAGGAGCCCCCCAAAGAGAAAAUGUCCAAUAAACUGUUCCCUGACUCUGCCCUGUUCAAGGAGUGGGGGGAGAAUCUGUCUGAGGAUGACCAAAGAGAAGCACAGGGUUUGUUUGUGAAGUAUGGAUACAACGUUUUUCUCAGCGAUCGCCUUCCUCUAGAUCGAGUUCUUCCUGAUACCAGAGAUCCAAGGUGUGCAAAAAAGAGUUACCCAAAGGACCUGCCUAGUCUCGGAGUGGUGCUGAUCUACCUGAAUGAAGCCCUGUCUAUCAUCAAAAGAGCCCUGCGUAGCAUCAUAGACCGCACACCUAAAAAUCUGCUGAAGGAGAUAAUAAUGGUGGAUGACCACAGCUCUAAUGAAGACCUGAUGGGGGACCUUGACAUGUACGUGAAGUCGCUUGAGCAGCAGAACCCAAGUCUCCGUAUUACAAGAGUGAAGCACAAUGAGCAGAAGGGCCUUGCUUACGCCAGGGCUUCUGGGUGGAGGGCUGCUACUGCUGACGUGGUGGCCAUCCUGGAUGCACACAUCGAAGUCCAUGACAUGUGGGCUGAACCCCUGCUGACACAGAUCAAAGCUGACCGAACAGUGGUGGUGUCCCCAGUGUUUGACAGAGUCAACUUUGACGACCUCAAGGUUAUUGAAUACCUUCCAGCAUCACACGCCUUCGACUGGGCUUUAUGGUGCAUGUAUGAGAGUUUUACGCCAGAGUAUUACAAACUCAACGACAGCUCAUUACCUGGAAAGAGUCCAUCUGUCAUGGGGAUCUUUGUUGCUGACAGGAAGUUUCUAGGUGAAAUUGGAGUCCUCGAUGAAGGAAUGAAAGUGUACGGUGGAGAAAACGUUGAGCUGGGAAUUCGUGUGUGGACAUGUGGAGGCAGUGUUGAAGUAGUACCAUGCUCCAAGAUCGCCCACAUCGAGAGAUUCCACAAGCCCUACAUGCCUGACCUGAGCCCGGCCAUGAAGAGAAACUCCCUGAGGGUAGCAGAAAUCUGGAUGGAUGAAUACAAACACAACAUCAACUUGGCUUGGAACUUGCCAUUUGAGAAUCACGGAAUUGACAUUGGGGAUAUCUCGGAGAGGAAAAAACUCAGGGAAAGGUUGAACUGUAAACCUUUCAAAUGGUAUCUGGAAAAUGUGUAUCCCAAGCUGGAUCCCUGGGACAACCUACUUGCCUAUGGAGGAAUGAAGAAUCUCGAUGCUGACAUGUGCAUAGACCAAGGCCCAGUACCAGGUCACACACCCAUCGCUUACAAUUGCUACUACUAUGGACCUCAAUUCACUUAUUACCGCAAAAAUGGUGAGCUCUACAUCGGCGGCAUCAAGUCCCACAAGUACAACGACAACCGGUGUUUGACUGACGUUGGCAAAAAAGAAGCUGACCCUGGCCUUUACAACUGCAAAGAAGCUAUGCAGAAAGGAAUGGGGAUUUACUGGGACUUCACUCAGGGCAAAGAACUAAAGAACAGACAGACGAAAAGAUGUUUGGAGAUUAAAAAUGGCAAACUUCGAAUACAGGACUGCUCUGGCCAAAGAUGGGAAAUCCAAAACAUAAUCAAAGCCUUUUGAAGAGUGCGUGUGUGUGUGUGUGUGUGUGUCUUGCCAACAAGAAGUGUACUUCUCAGUCAGUGGAUCAUAACACCUGAAUGUGUAAAAUGUAAAAAGAAAAGUCAAUGAAAUCUGACUACUGCUAUGACUCAUAAAGAAAAAGUGAGUAACUGUUUUUGUAAAUCUUAUAUGAAAUGUAUUGACUUUACCUUUUUAAAAACAGAAUUUUGGAAAUUUGCUCAACAUCUUAUGAAUUGACUUUAAGGCUUUAAUUAUUUUUACCAUUUAUUAAUCUGCAAAUUAUCAGCUGCUUGGUCCAAGUUAUUUAGACGCAUGCUAACCAUACUAAACUGAAGUGUUAAAAUUGAUUUUUGGACCAGUUGUCAAAAAAUACCAAGGCUUUCAAUUUAAAGAGAGAAUUGUGCAAAUCA